GGCGCCAUACCCUCAUCGGUGACCUCGUUGCACUUGGGCAACCAAUUCAAUCAACCAAUCACUCAAAGGACAAUACCCUCCUCGGUCACCAAGUUGUGGUUGGGCGAUUCAUUCAAUCAAGUUCUUAAGAAAGGCAGUCUUCCACCAUCAAUAACAUACUUGGACAUUGGUGCAUCAUAUAGCAAGCCUCUUCAAGUUGGAUGUCUUCCACCUAAAUUGGAAGAAUUUCUAUUGUUACCAAGCACUACUUGUAAUCAUGCCAUUCCACUUGGGCUCCUCCCACCAACUGUGACCAAACUAUUUAUGAACAACAACACUGGUUCACUUCCCCUUGGCGUGAUUCCUAACUCAGUGAAGACGUUAUUCUUGCGAUUCUUGACUGAUGUCCGCGCAUCUUCAGUUCAUCUUCCAUCAUCCAUUACUGAUCUCCGGUUGAUAUAUCGCGAGGGGUAUACUGGAGUACAAGAAUGGAUUACCAUUCCACCAUCAGUGAGGACUUUGAAUAUUAUUAUUCAUCAAAAAAUAUCACCUGGAUCAAUCCCAUCAUCAGUUACCAUGCUUGGGCUUCCUUGCAUUUUCAAUUCAGCGAUCGCUCCCAACACCUUCCCCGACUCAGUAACAAUUCUGAAAUUCGGAGAGCUCUUCAACCAACCUCUGAAGCCAGGUGCAUUACCAUCAAAGAUCAAAAAACUAUCAUUUAGAAAUACACGUGCAUUCAAUCAGUUGUUGACACCAAAGAAUGUACCAGCAUCGAUCUCAAGCUUGACUGUUUGGCAAGCCAGAAGCAAGCCUCUUCGACACAUUGGAGAAUUGAUCAAUUCCACAAAUAUCUUUACACUCAAGAUCAUAUCGCAUCUGGUACAAUGUCCAAUUGUAUCAGACAUCAAUAAUCAUCAAACAAUCAAUCUAACUUGGAAGCUUGGAUAUGUUAGAAUAGUAUUUCCACCUGUGAGGACUUCCAAAUUCGAUGAUGAUGUCGAUGAUGAUGACCUUUAUGAGGAUCCAUGUCUACAACAACCAUCACCCAAAUACUUUUUGGAUACAUACAGGGCAUAUGACCUAUGUUACUAUCUCGACAUGGCAGAGAAUGUCACAUUUGAAUUCAGGAUCUCACCCAGUAAUGAGUAUAGAAUCGAUUGUAAACAAAUAGAUACUCAAACAGUAUUAGUAUAUUGUUUCCAGACUUCAUUCUUUGGAUUCAUUUCAAUAACAAGUCUCAAGAAUAGAAUGAGACAUCUCAUUAUU